UCGUGCCCGCGAGCCUCCCAGGCGCGCUCACGUCUUACUCGCCGACGUCAUCCCGGUACGGCUCUCGUAAGUGAAGUUGAGGGCGGCUGAGGGUAAGCGAGGUUCAGACUGAGCAAAAUGGCUGCCUCUUCGUCAUCGUCUUCGGCUGGUGGAGUUAGCGGAAGUUCCAUAACUGGGUCUGGGUUCAGCGUCUCGGACCUUGCCACACCAAGAAAAGCUCUCUUUACGUACCCCAAAGGAGCUGGCGAAAUGUUAGAAGAUGGCUCAGAGCGAUUCCUAUGUGAAUCCGUUUUCAGCUACCAGGUUGCAUCCACAUUAAAGCAAGUGAAACAUGAUCAGCAGGUUGCUCGGAUGGAAAAACUUGCUGGUUUAGUUGAAGAGCUGGAGGCAGACGAAUGGCGGUACAAACCCAUAGAACAGUUGCUGGGGUUCACUCCUGCAUCGGGUUGAAAGUUUGUUGAUGUGGAAAGAUAAAUCACUUGCACGUUUCCCUUUUAAAAACACUUGGCUGUUUUCCAUUGCUUGGACUGCAGUGUAGUAAAGAACGGUCCAUAACUGGACUGCCUCUUACCAGAGCCAGUAAACUGCAGACACACAAGGUUUUAUUAAAGAAAAAACUUAUUCGGUUUUCCAGCAGCCUCACUCAACAGCUUGUUUCAGGAGGGUGUGAUUGCUGUAACUAAGGAGAUAAAAUCAUUUUUGAAGAAGAACCUGUUUGCUCAAAAGGGAAGGGGUGGCUAUUUAAACUUACAACCCUUUAUGCUGACCUUGGAGCAUGUGUGCUGAAAGUUGGCUGGGUAAUUGGACCCUUGUUACUGUUCAAGUUAAACUCCCGGAGGGCAGAGUCAAAAGGCAACAGGCUUUGGCCUUAAGCUGUCCCUUUGAAGAUGGAUGUGAUAAAACAAUAGGAUAGGAUCACUUGAAGGGCAGAAGAACAUUAACUGUUUCCUGUAUUUAGAUUCCUUGGUUUUUGCUGAGUCUGCGUUUUGUCAGCUGUUUCUGUCUCUUAACUGACUGUGGAAAUAUUGGCAGAAGAUGACUGCUGUUAAAUGCAGAGCAAGCCUCUGAAAAGCAGCGUUGGCUGUCCUCUCCUUUGUUCCAAUUCACUUGAACCGUCUGCUUGGCAAUUAAAUUAUUUCUACUGCUA